UCCCCGCCGCGGGGACACGGAGCCGCCCCCGCGACCUGGGAGCUUAUAUUAACUAAACUUCAGUCCUUCACAACACCUUCAAGUUAACUAACUUAACCUUAGUUAACACUUUUAACCCAAACCUUUUUCUCUUUCUCUUCUAAAUUUAUAUAUCUCUUAAGCUUCUUUCCCACCUCUAAAAGGCUCUCAGUUUCUUGUUUUCCAAGCUAACGGUGGAGAGAGGGAAGCGUACCUGAUCGGACGGCUGUGGUUGAUGAGGGAUCAUCAUCAACGGUCAGGAUGAGCUGUAACGGUUGCCGGAUUCUCCGCAAGGGCUGCAGUGAAGGGUGCGUGCUCCGCACGUGCCUCCAGUGGAUCGAAGGCGCCGAAGCUCAAGGCCACGCCACCGUCUUCGUCGCCAAAUUCUUCGGCCGCGCCGGCCUCAUGUCCUUCAUCUCCGCCGUCCCCGAAUCUCAACGCCCAGCUCUCUUCCAGUCACUCCUCUACGAGGCGUGUGGCCGAGCGGUGAACCCUGUCGGCGGCGCUGUGGGGUUACUCUGGGGCGGUAACUGGCACCUCUGCGAAGCCGCGGUGGAGGCCGUGCUGUGCGGCGCGGCACCGAGACCAGCGCCGGGGAUCGAGGCUGCUGGGGAUCUCUACGGCCGAUCAUCCUACUCCACCGCGAAACGCCGAAAGCGAUUCGAAAAUCCCCAAUCGGGAACCGCCGCUUGCGAUCUCGACCUCUACCUGACGCCGAGCUCCGAUGGUGGUCGGCGAAGGAGGCCAGGAUCGCCGUCGAUGAACUCUGAGGAAUCGGUGACGACGACGGCGUGCGGUGGAAUCGAAGUCGAUCGCCGCGCUCCGCGGCUUUUGAAUCUCUUCGUCUGAGAAUAAAAGAAAGAAACGAGUCUUUCUUUAGUCUUUAUUAUAUAUAUAUAUAUAUAUAAUUCGGGUUUUGGAUCCUGGUCUCAGUUUUCGGGUUUCGGAUCCGAGAUCAGCGAGCGAUCACCAGCGAAGAUGAAGAUGAAGAAGAAGAAGAAGAGUGUUUCUUGUUUUUAUUAAUUUUGUAAUUUAUUUGUUUUAGUGGGGGGUUUUUGUAAUUUUCGCGGCAUGGAUUCCAUUCUUUGGAAGAUGAAUUGCCACUUUUAUCCAAAUAUAAUAAUAUUAAUAAUAAUAACUAAAAAAAAAAAACUUCUGGUUUGAUUGUUUUCCCUUCCAUUAUUCUCUCCUCAGACAU